UCCUUCUCUCUGUAAACCCUAAUCCAUCGCCAUUGCCACCGCCAUUGAACCCUAAAACUCAAUCCACACUAGAAUCCUACAAUAGAACCCUAAUAAUCCUUUUGAAUCAGCACAUCCUUUUGAAUCGGUUCAUCUUCCUUUACCUCUGCACUCUCUCUCUCUCUCUCUCUCUCUCUCUGCAAGCCCUAAGUUGCCACGACCAACAUCGAAUCCGAUAAGCUUUAAGAGUUUGGAGUGCAUCUUAAAACCUAAGCACACACUUCUACCAUCUCAAGAUACCGGUUCAAGAUCGGAACGCCAUGUCGUAGUCCACGAUGCCAUCAUUGUCUCCACAAACCACUGUCAAUGGAUGAGAAAACAAAUGCAACUGGGUCUGGAACGAAAUCAAAGCCAAAGCUCGUCAUCAACCUAAGCACGCACUUCUGCCUUCUCCUCCGACCCAUCUCUCCUCUCCGCCACCGUCGCUGACCUACGCGCCGCCCGUCAAGGAGACCCAUCUAAUCCUACUCCUUCUUGGUUCACUCCGAAAAGCUCCAGAGCAACUUGCUUGGUGUGGAAUGGACAGUGUAUUGCUGUAUUGAGAUGAUAUGCUUCUGAUUGUGGGCCCUUAUGGAGAUCCAGUUCGCUAUCUUGAUGAUGAACCCAUUAUCCUUAUCUCAGAGUGUGAUUGAGCUAGGAUAUUGUCUAACUUAAACAUGGAGUUUCUUCAACAGGAGGAAUUUCCUCAUCCUCUAUCCUGUGUCAAGCAAUCAACUGGAUAUAGAUUUUCAUAUCAGAUAGGUGACUCUUUAAACUGGCUUGGAAUUCGAGACAUGAUAAAUGAUGUUUGGAAGAAAAUGUUGAAUCUGCGACCUAUCACUUAUUUUAGUGGUUCUCAAGGCUCUGAGACUGAUAUUCCACAUGGAUACAUAUGGAGUCCUCAUCUUGUUACUAAACCAAAAGGUCAAGGUGGGCUCAAUGACUGCAAAUUUAUCCCUCAAGCUCCCCCUGGUGGUCCUCUGGUAAUGUUGAUGGACGAAAGAAAUAUGAAGCCACUUGAUUCAAAUCUUGCAGCAUUAUCAGCAAGAUGCAUGCAGUAA